AGCGCCGGGCCUGUAAGAAGUGGACAGAGAUUUUUAGAGAGGUGAAACAACAGGGGUUCGUCCUCACCACGAGGUUCGUGGUGCCUUGGAGGGCUCCUCGGCGAGCUCCCGGCCCGGCAGCACCAGUGCUGCAGCCUGCCGCGUCUCUGCGACCCUCACGCCGGCGGAGAGGAGUUCUUGCAGAAAUGUGUUAAGCUGGAGGACAAGGGCAGAGGUGCGCAGCCAAAGGAGGCGGCAACAGAGGAGCCAGCUCUCCCUCUCAUCCCGCAGUCCUACCCGCAGACGGUACAAGAGGAAAUCUCAAUGGUCUUCAACACCUACAACAUGGUGGCAGCCAACCUCGGGCCGUCGUCCAGGAAGAAAAGAGAGAAAGGCGGCGGUCAGGACGGCACCAGCACUGCGCUCUACGUCGACCGUCGCAAGUCCAAGGUGUGGAACUAUUACACCAAGCUGGGAGAUGCCUACGUGGAGUGCAAUGUCUGCAAGAAACAGCUCUCCUUCCACAACAGCACCACCACAAUGCAGGAACACCUGGUGAGGAAGCACAGCAUCCACGACACCUUGCUCUCCCAGCUCAAGGACAACCAGACUUCUGAAUCCGACUACGCGGCUCAGGAAAAUGCCGCCAAACGCUCUCAGCAGACGACACCGGAAAGCGGCCUCUACCACGCCGCAUCCUGUUUGGAACCCAGGACCGACGUGAUCCUGGAGCUGGUGCUGGAGAUGAUCUUCCGUGACUUGCACCCUCUCUCCGUGGUGAAGGACAAAGGGUUCGGGCUCCUCAUCGGGUACCUGGAGCCAAAUUUUACCCUCCCGUCGCCCAUGCAGCUCUCCAGCAUGCUGUGGCACCGGUACAAUGUGGUCAAGCAGCACCUGGAGCGCUACUUGCAGACAGCUCAGGCCAUCGUGGUCUGCGUGAAGUUCUGGGUUUCCCAGCUCAACCAGACUUACCUGACCGUCACGGCCAACUUCAUCGAUGGGGAGUGGCGGCGGGUGCGGUGCGUCAUGAAGACGCGGCAAGCGCACAAAGACAAAGCGGAGGAGGGUGAUUUAGGGGAGAAACUGUCCGCCAUCCUCUCCGAAUUCGGCUUGUCCAGCAAAUCAGUCUUCUGUGUUAUGCACGACAGCCCGCAGAGCACGGCAGCAAACUCGCAGCAGCUGAAGAACACAUACGGCUGGAGCAGCCUGUGCUGCGCCGCUCGCACCCUUCACCUCUGCAUCAAAGCAGGGCUGGAAGUCGAGCAGGUCCAAGAAGCCCUGAGCACCGCCCGGGGUAUUGUCAGGUACUUUCAGCAGGACACAAAAGCCACCUGCUCCUUGAACAGCAAGCUGGAAGCCAUCAAUAAAACCAAACUGAAACUGGUGAUGGAUGUGGGCUCUCGCUGGAUAACCACCAUCGAAAUGUGCGAGAGUCUCUUAGACCUGAAGUGGGCCAUCAUGUCCGUGCUGGAGGAACACCCCAAGGGCACGGCGGCUGUCCAGAAUUUGGCCGACCACCAGUGGAAACUCCUGCAGGACCUGGUACCGGUCAUGAGGACGAUCAAGAUCGCGAUGUCCUUCUUGUGCGAGGAGCAGAACAUGUCCGUAUUGUCUCUGAUGCCUUGCAUCCACAGGAUCGUCGCCGCCAUCGGACAGCAGUCGGAAGAGGCUGGUGCCGUCAUCAAGACAGUGGUAGGCAACAUCAGGUCAGAACUGACACAGCGCUGGGGAUUGUCAGAGGAUGAGAAAGUGCUAGAAAGUCCAGCAGUUAUUGCCUCUUUUUUGGACCCGUGCUUCAAGGAGAUGAGGUUUCUCAGCCCCAGCCUGAGAAGCGAGCUGCACAAGAGAGUCAAAAACAUGCUGUCGCAGGUCUUCAAUCACCAGUCCCCAUCUGCUACCCAGUUUUGGAUGCCAAACUCAGAUUAUAAAGCCGAGGGCGGAGAUGCAGGCAGCCAGCUGUCUGCUCACAAGGGCAGAUGCUCAAGCACCCCGUCACAGAGCAUGUACGACAUCCUUUUGGGGAAGGACCCAACAGAGAGCAUGCCCGAGAUCCAACAACAACUGGAAAACUACAUCGUGGAGCCUCUCUGCAAGCGCAGCACCAACCUGCUGGACUGGUGGAAGAACAAUGAGCAUCGCUUCCCGGCCGUGGCACGGCUGAGCCGGCAGUACCUCACCAUCCCAGCAACCGCUGUGCUGCCCGACCAGGCCUUCACCACCAGCAAAAGCACCCUGGAGCAUCGGCGAGCCGUCCUGGCGCCGGAGAACCUGGACCAAAUUUUGUUCCUACAUCAAAAUUUUGACUUUUUAGAAUUGAUGAGAAACAGUAGCGAGACUUGGAACAAAACUCUGCACUGACACACCUAGAGGCGGGCACGCAUGCGGAGCCCUUCCAUGGCUCGGCAGGUGUUUAACCGACCCGUGGAGCUUUCAGACGCCAACCCAACAGCCCCACCGCAGUUACUGAGUCUACGGCAGCAGCAGCCAGCGCCGAGUAUUUUUCCAAACUCCUGCCUACGCAUUUUUGUCAUUGCUUUGGCAACGCCUGCAGCAAAGAGUGAGCUUUGGAGGAGGUGUGAACACACCGCCUUCCAGCACUCGCUUUCUCAUCCACCAUAGACUCUGCAGUCCCUGCUUUAUUCCUCAGGCUCUCUUUUAAUUCCUCUUUUUAUUCCUCAUUUGCUCCCUGCUCAAGACCUCCACUCCUCCCUACCCACAUCAGACCCACCCAGGGCACGCAGCCGAGAGCCUGGGCCAGGCCUAAAGCCCUGAGUGCAUCCUCAAGCUCCCUAAACUCAGGCCCGGUCCAUGCCUGAGUGUUUUUUCAGAUGUAAACAGGGCAAGCCAGGAGUUGAAGAACAAGCUUGGACAGGUGCCAAGCCACCAGCACAAAUACAGGCCUGGUGAUGUCUUUAUCCCACAUGGAUACAAGACACAGGUGUGCCAACACCCACAAAUACCACGUUACUCGACCACAGCGCGUUGUUUUCCAAUACCGGCAAGCGGAGGGUAGCCCAAGAGGACAUUGGGGCUCU